GAGAGAGAGAGGGGCAGAGCUGCAGCACAAACGGCAAACAUAUAGCAGUGGGAGAUGUAAAUUUUCAGUCAGCGUCGCAAUAAAAGCACACACUAAUGGGCCAUCCCCCAUUCCCAACUACAUUUCUUCCCUUCCUCUACCUUCAUCGCUCUCUCUCUCUCUCUCUCUCUCUCUCUCUCUCUCUCUCUCUCCGUCUUUCUCCAUUUUUUCUGAACAAGUAGGAGUAAAAAAUCACAGAUAUUUGGGGGUUCCCCGAAGGUUCCUCAAAUGAAAUUUGACAAUAUUAUUGUGCCAGCGCCCUUCUUUCCCACGGAUCUGUUCUUCCAUGCAUGUCAGCUUCCUUAAACUAUGGGCUUCUCUUCUGCUUCUGUUUCAGUUUCAAGCGAAAAAAACGACAAAUUAAUCAAGGAUACAAGAAGGGUUUGCGGAAUGGCUUAGAUAUAUGGAGCAAAAGAAAUUUAAUUUUGCUAUCCUCUUCGAGUGGAGUCACUGCUCUGAUUCUAAUAUUGGUUUCAAAUGCAAUGAAUGAAACUUCCCCGUUUCUUUGAAAUUUUAGUUCAUUUAGUCAUGGGCCUCAUGGAGGUGUUUCUGAGUUUGAAACAAAACCGGAGGCUGUGAACUGAUGAAGAAGGAAAAAAUGAAACUUCAACUGUGUAAACUUUGUCCAUGGAAGCUCCAACUAUGAACUUCCCAUGGUCUUCCAGAUGGGCCUUUGAAGAAAAAGAAAGAAACAAAUUUAGAGGGGAUCGAUGGGAUCACACUGGUGAGGUUGUCUAGGGUGAAAACUGAAUACCAGAGCUGAGUACUCAUCCUCCAGAGAUCAUGGCAAAGAGAUCACCGAUUGGAAGUCCCCUUGUUUGUGAAAAGUACCAGUCAGACUGUACGUGGGGUUUAAUGAGUAUCUUUCAUUUCGGCCAAGGCCGUUUCAAUCGGAAGCUGCUAUCGAAUGGGAGGCAAAGGCAUGCAAACAGAAGACCUGCUGAUGCUACAGGUCAUUCAAGGAGAAGACUUAAUUUGCAAAAGAACCUUGAUAAGAAGAGUAAAGGAAUUACUGAUAGAGUUGAGAACAAAACUCCAACUGUGGAUACGGGUAAGGCAAUUGUAAAGAGACUCAAAGAAGGAGAGGUGUCCACAAGGCAGCACCUAAAAAAGCAGAUUAAUUCAGCUAAUCAUGGUCACAAAGCUUUUCAAACUCCUGAUCAUGGUCAGGGAGAUGCCAUGGCAACAGGGCGUUGGCAUUCUCAUUCUUCAGUGAUGGAAAAAUCUUCUGAUGUGCUGGACUCAGCAGCAACAACACAGAAGUUCUGCAAUGAUAUCCAUCUUGAAAAUGGAAGAGAUCAUAGAGACAAACAGAAAAGUGUAAAUUGUGUUGUUAAGUAUGACCGGCUUAAUGAGAUCAAUAUGCAGCUGGUUGAGAUGAAUGAAGCAGUCGAGGCAUUUAUAAACCAGAAGUUCAUGGAUGGAAAGUUCCUUGGCAAAGAUGGAGCAAACCAACAGUCGAAGCAGUUUUCGGAUGCACUAAUGACUCUAAAUUCAAACAAGGAAUUGUUUCUGAAACUCCUACGAGAUCCAAAUUCUCUGUUAGCUAAACACAUCCAAGACAUGAGGCAUUCUCAAGCUGGGAAAGAACAGAUGAAAUCAUCAUCCAAAACUGAAUUGUCAAAUUUUGAAAAUAGUAAAGUGAGGCACUGUGGAGAGCCUGCACUCAGAAGUCAAAAGUGCCAAAAGCAAAAUACACCGUAUUUAUUCUGGAAAAAGUCUCAGAAUAAUUACCCACUGGAGGGAAGUGGUAAUUCCCCAACUUCAAAUAGAAUGGUUGGAUUGAAGCCUGACCUGGCAGCUGUGCACAAUUCUGUAAGCAAAGGCAGUCAACUGUCAAGCAAAGGGAAUAGUGCUGCACCAGCAAAAUUUUCCUUUGGAGAUAUUAGAAGGAAAUUUAAACAUGCAAUGGGAGAAAGGAAAGAAGAGCAGCUAUGGAUUCCAAUGAAUGGUGAUUUACAUAAAUUUCCAGGGAACUGGCAGGGCUCAGAAGUUGGGGGAAAAGGAAUUGAUGGGGUGAUUGCUGAAACUAACGCACCAUGUAGAACCUAUAUUGAUGAGGGUAGAGCUCCCAAACCUCCAAUUAACAUCAAGAGGAUAAAUGGGAUAGGCAAGCUAGAAACUUUUCAAUCAAGCAGAAAUGAAGCCACUGAAUGUGCUUGUAAGAACUUGCACUUGUCAACUGUCAAGCAUUCAAAUCAAAGAGAUUCUGACAUAUAUGUUGAAGCUAAGAAACGCAUCUCGGAGAUGUUAACUAGUGGAGGUAAGGAUGGGUAUUCUGCCAGAAAACAAGUUCCCAGAAGGUUGGGAAGGAUACUAUCAUUGCCUGAAUAUGACUUCUUGCCUGCAUCCAGUCCUGUCAGGGACAAUGAGCAUUGCUUUAAUAGUGCACAGAUGGCAUUAACCCCCAACAAUAAUUUUCGAAUAGGCAACAAGAAUAAUUUGCCACUUCAAUAUGAAAGGAAAACCGGCUGCCAAGAUCUCCUCAGGAAGAAUGCGGAGGUUCUGCCAUGCACUGUUCAAAAGAAGCACAAGGAUCAAAAGCCAUUUGACUUCUUACCAAAUAUUUCAGAGAAUAUUUUUUCCCUAACCGAAAAGCAGGAGAGCAACUCUUCCCCUAGAGAUGGUUCGAAGCCAAAAGGAGAUGCUAAUAUUUUGCAAAUUUCUUUGAACCCAAAUUGCAAAGCCAUUGUCAAUGCUAAGCAAAGGACUGAUGCAGGCAAUAUAUGCGAGAAAAUUGGAAAUUUGGAAUGCUUAAUACAGGAUUUACCUGCAGGGAAUCAAACAUCAACAGUGUCAUCAUAUUCUUCUUCACCAAAUGCUUCAAGCAUUGAAAAAGCAGAAGAUUUGGAUAGCAUUAAAGAUAAAAUGGAGCAGCCAAGUCCGGUAUCUAUUCUUGAGCCAUUUUUUGUAGAAGAUAUUUCCAGCCCUGAAACUACCACAUCUAAACCUGCUGAGCCACCAAGGCAACGAUUACCGAUUAAUUUCGAACAACACAGCCCCACUGUGCUUUCCCUGUCAAGCUCAGAAAUAAGUUCAUGCCCUUGUACGGAGGACUGGGAGUUUAUCCAUCAGCAUGUAAUGGCUGUGUUGCAAGAUUCUGGUUUGUACUGUGAUGAACUGUCAGUAAAGUGGCAUUCUUCAAACCAACAGCUUGACCAAUCCUUGUUUGACGAAGCACAAUUAUUUCCCACCCAGUCCUAUAAUGAUCGUAAGCUGCUUUGUGAUUGUAUCAGUGAAGUUUUUCUGGAGGUAUAUCAAAAUUAUUUUGGAUGUUCCCCUUGGAUAUCAUCUACCAAACCAAUGAUCUGGUCAGUCAUAGUUCAGAAAAAUGUGGUUCGUGAAGUGAUCAAAGGUGUUAAUCAGCACCUUCUCCCGCAGAUGCCACCACACACACUGGAGCAGCUUGUUGCAAAAGAUUUGGCCAAACCUGGAACAUGGAUGGACAUUCGAAUUGAUGCAGAAGAUACCGUUAUCGAGAUGUUAGAAGCCAUUUUAGAUGAAUUAAUAAUGGAGAACCUAUGUGAGCUGCAAACUUGAAGUCCAAAGUGUUUUCUCAUACUAUUACCCAAAUUUGGAAACAAAAACUCCGUACAGAUGCUGGAGCUUGUGCUAUACAGCCAGAAUUUUGGAAAUUCAUCAGCUGACAGGAGGUUCGUUGGCGCUUUAAACCUCUCUUAGAGCUUACAUUAACUCACAAACACUAUUGAAUAUAGUCUCCCCUCUUGGCUAACCGUCAACAUGAAUGAUUCGCACAAAUAGUCAUGUUUAUUUGGAUCAAGAAUUUUACUUCGAGAUGGGAGAGGAGAGGAAAGGAAAGGAAAAGAAAAUAAGGAGGGAAUGCAUUCUUCAUUGUAUUUUUCUUUUGUAUUAAAUUUUAUUAAAAAUAAAUGUUUAUUUUUAUAUGAUUAAAAAUUAAAAAAAUUAAAUAUUAAUGAUGUGUAAAAUUAAAA